AUGGCUGUUCUGUGGCUGGUGCUUCUAGCAGGGGUAUCCACGUUUUUACUAGGGGUGUUUGUAUGGGUCAUCAUACAGCAUUUUCUCACUGUUGAAAUUCCAUCUACUCUGAAGCAUCCAACCAAGUUAAGGUUUUUGCAUUGCAUGUUCCUGUACCUGUUAACUCUGGGAAACAUACUAGAGAAACUGAGAAUUUGUACGGUGCCCAGGUUUUUUCAAUUUGUCCAAGGUUUAAUGCUGAUAAAGAAGGAUCCUAAUGUGUUGGUUACUGACACUCAUUUUGGGACAGUCCCUGUGAGGCUGUUCAAGCCCAAAGAAGUGUCUCUUAAACUCCGGCGAGGCAUCAUCUUCUACCAUGGAGGAGGUGCAAUGAUUGGAAGCCUGGACACUUACCAUGGCCUGGGUAGCUUCUUGGCCCAUGAGACAGACUCAUUGGUGCUGUUGGUUGGGUACCGCAAGCUUCCUGAGUAUCAUCAUCCUGUCCUUGUCAAUGAUUGUCUGAAUGCUACUAUCUACUUCCUGAAGAACCUGGAGAUUUUUGGAGUAGAUUCAUCCCAGGUGGUGCUCUGUGGUGACAGUCUUGGCGGUUGGGCUGUGGCCAUUGUCUCCCAGGUCUUAACUAGCAUCCCAACUCUACCUAGAAUCCAGACUCAAGUCUUGAUUUGCCCAAUUCUGAACUUGAUCAAUUUUCAGUUACCAUCCUAUCAGCAAAGCAAAAAUGUGCCAUUUCUUACCAGAGACAUAUUGCUUAUGUUUAUGUGUAAAUACUUGGCCAUUGACCUCUCUUGGACAGAUGCCAUGUCGACAGGUGCAAUUAUACCUCUGGUCAAAUGGAAGAAGUACAGAAAAUGGCUCAGCUAUGAGAACAUCCCCAGAAGGUUCUGGAGCCAAGAUACACAACCUGAGGUUCUUGGACCAUUCAAUGAGGCUGCUUAUCUAGAAACCAAACAUGUUUGGAGUGCAGAAAUUUCACCUAUCCUAGCAGAUGACAGGAUCAUUGCUCAGCUUCCUAAGACAUUUCUGUUGACCUAUGAGAAUGACGUUCUUCGGGAUGAUGCCUUACUCUACAAGAAGCGCUUGGAAGACCAGGGGAUCCCUGUGAGCUGGUACCAUGUGGAAGAUGGUUUUCAUGGAUGCAUCAAUUUGUUUGAUAGUCAGCUUUUCUCUUUCCCCUGCUCCAUGAAAGCUGCAAAUGCUCUUGUCAGUUUCAUUAAAGACAUGUGA